AUGUUCCGCUACCAGGUGAGGAAACGCUUUGUCGGGGUGUGGGCGCUGCCGGGCCUCCCUCCCUCGCUCGGGCGGAAGCGCCCAGGGCCACCCUUGCCGUGACCUUUGACCCGUAUUUGGAACUCUCGGCUCUCUUCUCUCCCCCCUCCCCCAAGCUGUCCGGCGCCGCGUGCUGGAAGAGAGGGACCGCUCUAGGAGUCUGUGGACAAUGACCCAGGAGGACCCCUGUCCGUGAACCCGGUGGAGGCUGGUCUAGUCUGUUGGGGGGGGGGGGAGCAGCCCCUUCCCGUUCCCUCAGCUCAAGGGGGAGGGUCUCCCAGUUGGGUGCCCUGUUAGGAUGUGCGAAGGGGACUGGCAUCCUUUCCCCAACUCUUUAGCCUAUGCCCUAAACAAGCGAAUAACUAGCUGCUUUCAUGUGGGGUGGCCUUUGGGGAAGAGUCUACUCUGAGGUGCUGAUUUGUGUUUUCGGUUCCUGAGGGCCCUUUCCAUGCCAGAGACAUGGGAGGGGGUCAGUCAUCUGCAACAUAGGUGGAGUUUGUGUAUGGAGCACCCACAAAUCCAUUGCUAUUCUGGGAAUCCCUUAGGAAAGUCAUGUGGGAGGAAUGUACCAGGUGAAUGUGGAAUGACUUGCCACCGUGAAACAUUGGGGUUUGAACUAUAGAAGGAAAUUCGGGGAUGCAACGGGGUUGAAGGAUGACGCUUGCAACGGAGGUUCGCAUCUCUGCGUGCAAAACUAUAUUGUAUUAAGGAAUAAUAUAUGUAACUGAUUGGCUUAUGGACAUGUGCUUUGGGGGAUUUAACAAAUUGGGCUGGCACAUAUUAUCUAUUCAGUAAGAUAUUCUUGCAAAGUUACAGGAGUUCUCCUUUGUCUGCAAAAACUGACAAAGGAGGCUAAAACAGCAGAAACUGAGAAUUCUUGCAUAUUUUCUGUGCAGUGUUUACAUUUGGAUUCUGCUCGUAGAUAGAACGUGUGAUAGAGCUGUUGAUAGGAACUGAAGAAUACUGUGUUCUGAGAAACAGAUCACGGUGAGACUUUUAGGAUAGAGUAGUGUGAAAAAUGUCAUGUAAUUUAGUGUACAGGCAUACUGGAUUGCAUUGAGGCAGUAGCCUGCAGCAUUCAUUUGGAGGACUGUGUUCUGUGAUUCAGGCAUGUCUGUUCCACGUCCUUUUUAAAGUAUGCUACGUUCUUUUCUAUGGGGAACUUAAUAGACUGGAGCUCCUUCUCCAUCUUUCCACCAGUGUAACUCCUCCCAUGACAAAAUCUGAAGUAGUUAAGCAAGGAGUGAGGAACCUUUUUCAGCCUGAGGGCCUCAUUCUCUCAUGGCAAACCUUUUGGGGGCUGCAUGCCAGUGAUGGGCAGGGCAAGAAUUGAAAGCAGGCGGGACAACAGAUGUUGUCCUUUGUAUCCUUUGUCCACUGUAUCCUUUGUACAGUGGGACAGGAGGGGAGAGUGCCCUUGUGCCUGAAUCCUGCUUGCUGGUUUCCCACAAACAUCUGGUUGGACACUGUGAGAACAGGUUGCUGGGUUAGAUGAGCCAUUGGCCUAAUCCAGCAGGCUCUUCUUGUGUUACAUUUAAGUGGCUUAAGCAGCAGUUUAACACCCCUGGGAUAGUCGUUUAAGAGUGCAGAGUCAAGGUACCAAACUUGGGAUAGUUACCCCCUUAAUCUUCUUUUAGUACCUUGUCUUGCGGCAAAGAUGGUAAAAGCACAGCUCUUUUCUUUUCAGGGUUGUUGUGAACUGCAGGUCCAAAGGAGGACUAAAAAAAUGCUUGAGUGAUCAGUUCUAUUGCUUUAUUAAAGAAAGGUGUAGACUUAGAGCAAAUCAGCCUGCCUGGUCUUCCAGCCUUUACAGACACAGGACAGACACUGCAGCAAAGAGAUGGCUUGUCCACACCCAAGCAAACAUUCGUAUGUUCUUUAUACACAAAGCAGCAUACAUCACUCUGGCCAGGACUCCCCAUCAUUCCACCUGACUAGAUGAUGGCAUAGGUGGCAAAUACCCAAAUCUUACAGAUAGUUCUCAUUUCUGGGCUUGGAGCCCAGCCCCCCAAGCCCCCCCCCAGAUAAGGAUAACAUAAAAGUAAGCCAAUUAGCCUAAAUCAAAACAAGUGAAUAUAAACAUAUGAGCUCAUCGCUAAAACAACUACAGGUAUCAAUUAAUUGUGGGGUUAUCUUGACUACCAAGAUGGUGUUUGCAGAGCUUCAGGAAUAGUUCACUUUUGAUUCAAAACAAGGGUCUAGCAAUUCUAAUUUACAAAAGUGAUUGAAAGCUUGAAAUUAGGUGGCUGAGUUUAAUUCUUUUAAGUUUGUCAACAUGAAAUGCAAGAGUAUCAUCUUGUGUAUGGUACAAGAAAGUGACUAGAAAUAAAAUGAAAAGAAGCUCCUAGCUUGAGUGGACACUGGGAGCAUUGGAUAGGCAUUCUUUUUCACAUUCUGAACACCAUGCAGGAAUCAAGGGAACUGUUCUUGUUUUAUUACUGUGCAGAAAAGGCCUUUUCCACAUGCUCUUGUGUGUGGAAGAACUGCUUAGUUGUUAUUCAUUUGCAUAAAUCUACAUUUGAGGUUUCACUACUGUUUGACAGAUGUCUCAUUUUUAAAUCGGACUAUGGGGAAAAUUAGAUUUCUUCCAUAUUCUCUUAACUUAUCACCACUAAAUGGACACACCACUACUGUCCACCCUCCUCUGUUAUGCUGUGAGUUUUUAUGUGAUUUAAUGGCUGUUGGCUACACAAGGUAUAACUGUCAAAAAGCUCUCCAGACUUUUCCUAGAGUCUUAAGCUGGAAGCUGCAAACAAUUUUUUAAAAAAUAAAGCAUACUUUCGUUUCUCAGUCUCUUUUGCUGAUGCAAGUGAAACUGAUAGUUUCUUUUUUGGCCAGAAAAAUUAAAUUGCACUUCCUAUCUUGCUGUUUUCCCUCACUUCCAAGCAGACUCUGCUGUUUUGGCAACAGACCAUUGCUCUUCCAACCCAGUAACCUUUGGAGACAGGAUAUAGACUGGUAUAGAGCAACAAGGGGCUUGAACAAGGCUGAUAGAAUUGUAGUUACUGUGCAUUAAGCCCAAAUGUAUUCGUAUACUCUGGUAGGUUGCCAUGCAGAUCCGUUGACCAGUCAAAUAUUGGUCCCUAUGGUAAAGAUAUUUAAAACCAGGAAUGCUGCUGUCUGGGUGGCAUCUUACCUCUACAAUGGCUGUUUAAAAGUUCACUUCGCUUUCUGUUUUAAUUUCAUUCUUGCAAGAUCAUUUUUGAAAAACAAAAACAAAAAAACUGUGCUGGUUUCAAAGUUCUGGAUAAAAGUCAGAGAAGAUCUAUUAUCUAAUAUUGGGCAUAUUUUAAAUAUUCCUGAUAAUGUAUAAUCAUUUAUGUGUUACAAAACUCUCUAAUGUAUUUCAUGUGUUUACGAGGUUUUACUUGUACAGUUGUUGGCUUUAUUUUGUUCUUUGACUGCGUAUAAAGAACCUAUAUCUGAUAUUAUGUGAAUAUUAACAUUUUUACAAACUUGUUUAAUGUUGUUAAAAUAGGGCGGUGGAUGUUUUUUUAAAAAGCUGUUUCAUCCUUUCCCCAUGGCUCUGUUUGCACAUAACAUUAAGUCAUAGAUUAAAAGCAAAGCAAUGGUUCACCAUGAAUGAACAGUGUGCUGCCGCAUGCUGCUCAGUCGUGAUCACUUUGCUCUGCCCUGCUUGGAGCUGAGAAACUGAUCAGGGAGGGGAUGGCUUUGUGUUGCAUGCAAGCCAGCAGUUGUGGUUUGUUCUUCCUAACAAACUAUGAGCAGUAAGCCAAAAACAAAACUUGGCUUCGUCUCAUGGAUUGUUUGCAAAGAAACAAAUCAUGAGUCCUGCUUUGCACCUCCUGCUAAGUCAGUUCCAUGUUCUUGUCUCUUGGCAGCAUAACUGAGCAGCAUCCACUAGCACCCUUGCCCAUUUGCAGUAAGCUGAGUUGAGUGUUUCAGACUAUGUAUGGCUUGCUGUGAUGUGUGAACCAGGUCAUAAACAGUUAACUAUUUUGUUCUUGUAAUUAAGCAUCAAAUCUGUUUAAAGUGUUCCAUUUCCUUUUCUAAUAAAUUUAGUACUCUUAAGAUAUUUUACCAUUACUUGACAAUAUUUAAAUGAAUAUUUGACUGGUGAGUUGACCAAAUAUGUUUUGCCUCUUUCAAAUGCUUAAUCCUGGAGGAAUGCUUAUUUGGAUAGACAUUUUCUUUUCUUAUCCUGGAUUUUCAUACACAUUGGCUUAUUUGCCAGAGGAUCUGUCUGUAAAAAAGUAAACCAUGCGAAAUGAUUCUUCAUUCAGAAAAAAACUCUUGGCUGGUUUCUGUUCCUCUUCCUAUUACUUCUGUUUUUUGCUCAGUGCAGAUACUUUGUUUAGUUUCUUUCUGUAUCCGACACAAUUCAGGUCAUAUUGUUUUACCUAACUAGAGAGCAAAGUCUGGUUUGUGCUUUGAAAGGUGCUCCGGUCCAAAUUUAGCUUGAAUUGACUCAUGAGUAAAACCACUCCCUGGAUGAAAUUCUUUCUGGCAUGCCAGAAAGGAAGUGAGAGCAUGAGAAUACCAAAGCUAUGCAAUCGUUUGCACAAGGUGUGUUACCCUUCUUGUUACAGGGAAGAUCAAUGUGGAAAGCAUGGUAUAGUCAGUCUUCGGUCUUUGAGCCACAUAACUCUGCAGUUCUAAAGCAGAGUAAAUGAUUGUGGGUGCAGCCUCUUGUAGGAUAGCACAAUGGCUUCUCACAUUCACAUAGUUCUCUGAAAAUACAGGUAGUGAACUAUGAGUGUGCUGCAGCCUACACUACUUAUCUGCUUGUUCCAAACAGGAAUAGAAAGACACUUGAGUUUUGCACACAGCUCAAGACCAGGUGUCCCCCACAUGUCAACAGCCCCCUUUGCCUUUUUGAAUCUCAUAACACCUACAGAACUUUAUAUUCAUAAUAAGGAGUUGGUGUAGCAAUAUUACAACACGGGAAGGAGUGGGAGGAAAUCACUGUUGAAGAGUUAAGUUGCUGUGGGGGGUAGUAAAAUUAAAAGUGGUGAGUUUUGGUAUGAUCUGGCACAAGUUGAUCUUUUUGAGAGGCUUUUUGCCAUAACAGUGCUGCACCGUAGCAUUUGAAGCUGCAAAUGGAUGAGUACUUAAUUUUGCCUCGUAACAUAGGAAGUGGCUUUCAGAAAGCUGCAGGCUGUGAUGGUUUGUGUGGGGAUGUUGUCUUUUCUCGUGGGGAUUUUGUGCCUAGUUAAUUCAGAAUUGGUGCUUUGGUGGUGGGUGGAAGGGAUAUUGGUUGCAUAUGUCUUGGAAGGAUGAAGAUGGGGACCCAUCUACUGAAAUUAUGACUCAUGCCUGGGGAGGAGGGGGAAGAGUUUGUGGGGAAAUGCUUUGGAAUACUACAAGAGGAUGUUGAGAUGCCUUUCUAGUUCCUGAAAUCAAUGCUGUGGGUUUCUUUUCUGUUAAGUCCCUUGAGGACUGCCCUCUGGAUGAGGAUGAAGAAGGCUUUCAUAACUUGGCUGAGGAAGAUGAAGAUAUCGACCAGUUUAAUGAUGACACAUUUGGAGCUGGUGCAAUUGGUGAGUUUGUCUAACAAGUGUACCCUGCCUUUUCAUUCAUAUGCCAGAGGCUAUUUUAUAUAUACUUCUUUUAAUAUAAUAUCCUAACUGUGCUGAAACAUCCUUAUUUCUUCCCAAGUUGCAUUGCUGAUAUUUGGACUGCUUGUUAAAUCCCUUUGAUGUUCCAAUCUUUUGCCCCUGGAGUUGUAGGCAGAUGCUGCUGCAGCUGUAGAACAAGGAGGGAGUGAUAUGGCAAGAAUGGCAGGAUCUUAAAGAAAUAUAUCCCGUGAACCGCCCUGAGACCUGCAGGUGUAGGGCGGUAUACAAAUUUUAGUAUAAAAAUAAAACAACAACAACAGCAGUAAUAAUAAUAAAUACCCUUCCUGUCAUUCCUUUGCAGAUGAUGACUGGCAAGAAGCUCAUGAAAGGUUGGCAGAGCUGGAAGAGAAGCCUGCACCAGGAGGAGAGCAAGUGGAUCCGGGAGUUGCCGAUGAGAUGGACCUGCUGGGGGACCACGAAGAGAACCUGGCAGAGAGGCUCAGCAAGAUGGUGAUUGAUAAUGAGUUGGAAGAUCCAGCCAUCAUGCAGGCUGUGCAAACUCGGCCUCCUGUCCAGGUGUGCAGCAAAUGAUAGUGGGGUUACAUAGUGGUGGGGAAAGAGCCAUCUCAUCUCUUUGGUAGGUUGCAUAGGUUGGAGGGACCUCCAUGUGACUUUUAAUCCCUGUGUUCCCUUCUUUCCAGCAACAAGGUGGGCUCAACUCGAGCAUCUGGGAUGGGCCUUCAGUUCUCAGGCGCAUUAGGGGACCACUUCUUAAUCAGGUGCAGUGCUUUGUUUCAUCUAAAGAGAAUCUUGGUUUUUCCAUAAAGAUGAUUGUCUUCCUCCUGCCUCUCGCCCCCCCCCCCCCGGCUUCCAUUAUCUAAUGUUUUCUCUGGUGCAUUGUACAGAAGAUAAUGACACUGUCUUUGCAUGGGAGACUUGCAGACUUAAGUUCAAUAGCCUACGUUUUGCCUGUGUCUCUUCCCCAACUUACAAAUAUUAAAAGUAAGUUGCUGGUGUGUUCUCCCCUUCUGCGCAGGAGGUCCCCUCUGUGUCAGUGCUGGAAUAUGCCCUACCACAAAGACCUCCACAGGCCCGAGAAGAGGAGCAGGACCUUUCGGAACGGGCGCUGCCCAGGCGGUCAUCCUCGCCAGUUAUUGGCAGCCCUCCUGUCCGUGCUGUUCCUAUUGGGACGCCACCUAAGCAGCCCACCAUGCCCAACUUUAACCAGCAGGUAUUGCUUCUUCUGGAAAUGAGGGUGUGUGGAUCUGGGAUGGGGGCUUCAGCGAAGAACAGAAUGAAAGCAAAAGGCACUCUGCUGCGUUGUGUAGCACAGAGGUUGCCACAGAGGUCUCAGUUUAGCAUCUGCAAAGACUAAUGCUAUUUUCCACCUGCUCCCUUGUCCCCUUGGAAUGCUUGCUUACUUGCCCUUUUGCUACUCUAGAUGUCAAACUCUCCCAUGAUAGAAGCUUGUCUUCCAUCUGCCUGUCUCUGACAAAAUAGGAAAACAGCAUUAAUUAAAUAUCUGAAACUUUUCAUAAAAAUGUAACAUAGAUGCCCUUUCAAGGAUGUGACUUUCUCUCCAGUGGCGUUUUGAGUGUUCAGUGAAAUGUGGGUCUAAUCUGCUAUUGAAAGAAGUGCUCUUGUUUGCUUUUGUCGUUCUUUCAAAUGCAAUGAAGGUGAUUGCUAGAAGCAUGAUAUCUUAAUGGUUAGGAUGCAGUCUGGUACCUGGAGUUGAAGGAAGCAUUUGGUGGUGAGGUUUAAUCUCAACUCUACUGAUUUGCUUAUUUUGCUUUCAUUUUUCUUCUCUUUCAAUAGAUCCUAUGUCCAAAGCCUGUUCACAUUAGAGUCCCCAUUCAGCAGCGUUACCCAAGCCCCUUCAGUGAGAGAAUGUCUCCAAACCAGCUCUGCAAUAUGACGGUAGUUCUGACUGAGCAAAUCUCUGUGUUGGCUUGUGGUUUAACAACUGUUCUUGCCCUUAACUCUCCCCCAACAUUCCUCGCUAUUUAAAAAUGUUCAUGAAGGCCUUUACUCAUCAAUGUAACCUUCAGUCUCUCUUCUGUAUUGCUUUGUUCUGAAAUAAACCCCCUUCUGGCCUUGAACACAUUCAGAAUCCCUAGGGGGCAACACAGAGCCUGUCAACUACAGGAGAUUCCCAGUGCACUUUUGUAUGUUUGUAAGGUUUACUUGACCUUCAGUUUGGCUUUUGGUAUAAUUGUUCAUUGUUAGACAAGAAAGCCUAAAACAAAAAAGCCUAAAAUAAUAAUAAUAAAUUUUAUUUAUAUCCCGCCCUCCCCAGCCGAAGCCGGGCUCAGGGCAGCCAACAACAAUAAAACAGUACAAAAGUACAGCAUAAACAACAUUCUAAAAUCAUUCAUUAUAAAAUUAAUUAAUUAAAAGGAAAAAGAGCUCAAAUCUCCUGUCUUCUGUUUAAUUUUCAUGACACCCAAUUUCAUGUAUUAAGAUUCUUGGGUUUUGCCCUUGAAAGGACAGCACAUACAACAGUUUAAAUUUAGUGCUCCUGCUCCUUAGUGGUCUGGUGUGCCCUUUUAAUCAUAAAGCAAUUUAGCAGUAUUGCAGCUUGUAAUAUACUUCAGAAGAGAUCCUCAGUAUGGCUCCCCAGUGUUGAGAUGUGAUGAUGAUACUGUUUGCCUAAUGCUAGAAUGAAUUAUUUUGUCUUGUCCUGUAUGAUAGGAAUGACCAGUUAUUUAAAUGCCUCGUCUUGCUUGUUUCAUACACUCUAGCUUCUGCACCGCUCCUGCCUUCUGUUUUCUGUCAUCUCAGUAAUAUCCAGAAGGGGGAACAUAGGAAUGUUCAUGUUGUGUCAGACUGUUUCUACAGUCGGUGUGUUCUAUUUUCCUUUUUCCAGAACUCCUCCCUCCUGGGCCACCCAUUCCCUCCCAAUGUUACUCCUGUUCUCACCCACCUUCAAAGAGCACAGCUGCUAGGAGGAGCGCAGGUAAGCAUCUGACUACUGUCUUGCUCUCCUUUGCAUUUUUGUGGUUGCAUCCUCUACAGCGGGGGUGGGGGAGCUGUGAAUCUCCAGAUGUUGCUGGACUCAAACUCUUAACAGCCCUAGCCAGCAUGAUCAAUCCUCAGGGAUGAUGGGAGUUGGAGUUCAGCAACGUCUGGAGGGCCACAGGGUCCUCACUCCUGGCCUAUGGGCUUUUGCUCUGCUAUGCAAGUUCUUCCUCCGUAUACCUGCUUCUUGUGUUUGCUUCAUUUGCCAGAUCAUAUAUUCAGGGAACAGAGGAGCCAUCAGCAAUGUUGCAUUGGUAUGCUUCUCUCUCUUGCAUACCCUAGCAGAUAAAGUUCUUGCAGUAAUGAUGCUGUUUUCUCCUGCCUCUCCCUACAGGCAGGGAGGCUGUCUCCCAGCCAGUUUGCACGUGUCUCUGGACUUGUCAGCAACCCUCUUGCGUCCAUGAACCCCAAACUACUCCAGGGCCGAGUUGGGCAGAUGAUGCCUCCAGCUAGUGGAUUUCGUGCCUACUUUGGGGCACCGCCUGCCCCUUCAUCGCAACACCAUUCCCCGUGUCCUGGAGCCCACCUGCAGAAUUUAAGGUAUCCCAUUUGCUCCACCUUUCUUCCAGUAAGACAGCUAAGCUGAAUUGUGUGUGGGUUCUCCAUUGCCCUUUCCUGAGAGAACUUUAUUCCCUAGGCCUCAGCCGCAGAUGUUCCGGCCAGAUACAACCCACCUUCACCCACAGCACCGGCGACUCUUGCACCAGAGGCAGCAGCAGAACAGGAAGUGAGUGUUGAGUGCAUCUGUGUGCUUCUGCUGGUGGAGGGAGGGAAAGCUUAAAUGCCUUCCCAGCACAAGAAGCAAAGUUCUGCCAAGGUUGUGUAUACCUGGUGUCAAGGAAAAGCUAUUUCUGCGUCUGAUGUAACCUGUAUAUAAAUAUAUAUCAAGUGCCUCUGCAGUAUGUCUGCCGCAAAAAAUCGACAUAAAAUCAGAUUUUUUUUGGAAGAAUAAUUUGGUGGGCAUCCAACUCAUUCCUGUUCAUUGGAGCCCUCAUUUCCCACUGAUUCUACAGAAGUGGAUUCCCUGCACCAACAGAAGGUUGGGCUUGAUGGCCUUCUGACACACCUUCCACUCUGAUUCUGUGAAGGACUUGGAGAUUAUCCUGGACUUCCGAAUGGAGCUGGAGUGGCAAAAAGAAGUAGGAAAAGGAAUGAUUAAUUCAGGCGGUUCAUAAUCUUAACAAAAUUAAUUGCCUCAAGUGGAAGCUGGCUGCUAGUAUUGAUGGAAGGGAAUUUAGACAGUUCAUGGGUCUGUAUUGAUAGCAAUACAGCCAAAAUGGCUGGAAAUUGAACCUUCAUAUGUUGGGGGCAGUGUAUCUCCAGGGAGGAGGUGCAGAGACCAAAAAGGGAUACCUAUCGCCACUAAGCUCUUUUGGAACAUCUGGUUAGCCACUGGAAGCAAACUCAACAGAUGUUUAGCUUUACUUUGCAAGACAAUUCUUAGGAUAAUAAGCCUCAGUAUCCUAUGCAGCUAACUCCCUAUCUAUUGCUUUUCUAUUUUUUUAAGCCUUCACCAAAAUCUGCUUGUGUGUAUUGGCUUUCUCUCUGUAACCAGGAUGAGAAUUUUGUUUUUUAAAGAGGGCUAUUGUCAGUUUUUCUGAUGCGGUCUUUGGCACAGUAAUCAUACCCCUGAGUACUGUGCCUCUCUGUGGAGGUAUUUCUCAACAUCCUGUGGUUAUUCUGGUCACCCCUUCAAGGAAUAUCCUGCAAGUAACUUCAUGGCCUGUCACAAAACAGAGCAAACUGGUGACUGGGGUGAAAUUUGCUUAUUCAGAAGAAACUUAGCCGCUCUUUUACCUGCUCUUAAGUUUGGAAGCUCAGCGCCAUGAACUUCCAUGCUGGAUUGACCCUAGGUUGUUUCUUGGGACAUGUAAAAAUACAGCUGAAGGAAUUUGCUUGAGUGCAUCUGUUCUUCUCAGAAUUGUCUUGUGCCAAGAGACUUCGUAUACAUCCCAGACCGCUGUCCUGGAGCACUAGCAUGCUGUGUCCUACUGUAUACAGUGGUACCUUGGUUCUCGAACUUAAUCCAUUCUGGGAGUCUGUUCGACUCCUGAAACCAUUCAAAAACCAAGGCACGGCUUCUGAUUGGCAGCAGGAGCUUCCUGCACUCAAGCAGAAGCCGCGUUGGACAUUCGGCUUCCAAAAAACAUUGGCAAACUGGAACACUUACUUCCAGGUUUGCAGUGUUUGGGAGCCAAUGUGUUCAGCAAAUGAACCGUUUGGGAAGCAAGGUUCCACUGUAAUUGGUCUGUAGUUUUCCUGACUUUUGUGGCACCCCUUUCAGUCAGCACCGGAGCCUAAAUGGGUCAGCAGGGGACAGAGGGAGCCACCGGAAUAGCCACCAGGAGCAGAUCAGGAAGGACCCUUACGCCAAUCUCAUGCUGCAGCGGGAAAAGGACUGGGUGUCCAAGAUCCAGAUGAUGCAACUGCAAAGCACUGAUCCAUACCUGGAUGACUUCUACUAUCAGGUUGGUGCUUCAUGGAGGCCCAUUGUAGCACUCUGCUUCUUGCCUUGCUGGGGACAAGUUUCCAAUCUUGGGUUGAAGGGUUCUGUGCCUCUAGGUUUCUAACCAGCUUUCUCUUCCUUUAGAACUAUUUUCAGAAGCUGGAAAAACUAUCUGCAGCUGAGGAAAUGCAUGGCGAUGGUCCCAAAAAAGAGCGCACCAAACUAAUCACCCCACAAGUUGCCAAGUUAGAGCAUGCCUACAAGCCAGGUAAGUACCCUUGUGCACCAAGCACUGAUCUGAGUGCAUGUAGCAGGAGGAGGAACUAGAAUCCAGAUGUGGAAGGGUGGACUGUGCUACUUCAGCCUUGCAUGGGGUGGGGUGGGCAAAGAAUGCCUUCAAAUAGAAAAAUAGCACAUGGGGAAAUGUGUUCCUUGUGCUAAGCUUCUAUUCACGUGGUGUCUUUAAUAUGGAGGAGCAUUAGAAACAUACUCCCCUCCCUCCCGCUACUUGUUGGGAGUGAUUUAACCUGUUCUGCUCCCUCAGGAUUCUACCAUCUCAUUCUGCUGCAUAUGAAAACUUCACCCUAUAUACCAUUCCAGGGCUGGGGAAUAAAGGAAGGCAAGCUUAGACACAACAAGGAACAGAUUGCCUGCAUGUAUUUGAGCCCAAAAUAUAGCCUCAUUUCCUAGGUGGUUGAUUAGGAAGGCACAGUUUGGUUGAUGGAGCGAAAAUGUAAUCGGGAAGGGAUGGGAACAUUAGAAUUUUGUGUAGCAAUAGCAAAAUGUUAGGGCAGGUAGGUUCGCUCAUGCAAUUUCACCUGCAUUGCCUUUUCUUUAUGCUUGCAGUGCAGUUUGAAGGCUCACUGGGGAAGCUCACAGUCUCCAGUGUGAAUAACCCCCGCAAGAUGAUUGAUGCUGUUGUGACGUUACGAGGGGAAGAAGAUGUAAGUUUCUCUGGCUAGGAUUACUUGGGCUCCCUCCAUAGAUAGUGUAAUGCUAUGGGUUUGUCAUCUUUCUUCUCAAAUAUGGGUUCUUGCUGUUGUCAAACCUUGCUCCUGCUGAGGUUGCAGAGGGGAACUUUCCUGUUCAGUGGGAACUUUUCUUAGCAUGUCUUGCAUUCUUCCUUAGGAGACAAAGGAGAAGCAGGUUCGAGAUAAAAGGCGUCAGACACUCUUCACUAUUGAGAAGGUAAGUGAGACUUUGGUGCAUUCUCCCUGGAAAGCGGGAAUCAUCCAGUACAAGGUUAAAGGGGAGCUACUAACUCAGCCCUUAGUGGUUAAACUGGUGGCAGUGCAGUUUAACCAUGAUGGGUUAUGCCAUCUUGGAUUUAGAAUAGAGAGGCUACUGUUGGAAUCACUUGUACAUCCUUUUGGUGGUUUAGCUAUGAUUACUGCUUUUAUUUGCUGUCUCAGUUCCCUACUUAGUAUAGUUUCCUUUUAAAUGAAGUUAAUGGAGAACUUUCUGACACUGAGCUGGAAUAGACUCCUUCAGAAGGUGGUGGACUCUCCUUCCUUGGAGGUUUUUAAGUGAGGUUGGAUGGCCAUCCGUCUGGGAUGUUUUGGUUGAGAUUCCUGCAUUGCGGAGGGUUGGACUAGAUGGCCCUCGGGGUCCCUUCCAACUUACAAUUCUAUCAUUCUAAUUAUCUGGCUUGGCCUGCGGCACUCUAGUCUAAAGCUUUGGGGGAAGGUGGGGGGGUGGCACAGCCUAUCCAUUCGGCAGUGUUAUUCAGGCAUUAGAACUGUAGUCAUAUAAGGAAUGGGUGGGACGUGGGUGGCGCUGUGGGUUAAACCACAAAGCCUAGAACUUGCUGAUCAGAAGGUCAGCAGUUCGAAUCCCCACGACGGGGUGAGCUCCCGUUGCUCGGUCCCUGCUCCUGCCAACCUAGCAGUUCGAAAGCACAUCCAAGUGCAAGUAGAUAAAUCGGUACCGCUCCGGCGGGAAGGUAAACGGCGUUUCCAUGCGCUGCUCUGGUUCGCCAGAAGCGACUUAGUCAUGCUGGCCACAUGACCUGGAAGCUGUACGCGGCUCCCUCGGCCAAUACAGAGAGAUGAGCGCCGCAACCCCAGAGUCGGUCACGACUGGACCUAAUGGUCAGGGGUCCCUUUACCUUUUACCAUAUAAGGAGUGACAUAUGGCAUUGAGUUUAGAUGCACGUCUAAAGCCCAUUUCUUGAUUACUAGACAUACAGCCUCCUCCUGGAUGUAGAGGACUAUGAGAGGCGCUACCUUUUGAGCCUGGAGGGCGACAGGCUGGCUUUGAUGGAGGAGAGGAAGCAGAAGAUCUGUGACAUGUAUGACAACCUGAAGGGGAAAAUGCCCAACCAGGAAAGGUAAGAGUAAGAUUCUUGUACAAUUCCAAAAAGAAAAUAGUUCCUCCCAAUUUGACAGAGCAGAUACUCAGGUGCACAAGCGGCUGUAGGGGGGAAUUAGUGACAACUGUCCUCUCCCCUGAUUCCACAGACGGGGGAGCAUCACAUGAACACAACUCUGCUAAGCGGGAUGCCCCACUAGCAGAAGCCUAGAUAGACAGGAUUAUGUGUUUCCUUACUGAUAUUGGCAGUAUUGGGGCUCAUGGAAUAAGCACUGCAAGAAUAAAAGUUUCAAAAACUAGUUGGUACAGAUUUGCUUCUGGAGGGAAAUGGGAUGGCAAACCAUACUUGACAAACUGUUUCCAAAAUAUUAGGACAGCCUAUUUGGUAAUAAGCUUAUUGUCAUUCCCCGCUUCCUCACCUAGGCUUCUUGUUUUAGCAGCCUGCUGGCCUGUGGUGGGGACACAACUGUAGCCUCCUCCAUAAUUACCGCUCACUUCUAGGUUGUGAAGUGGAUGUUCCCCCUUAGAGUGCCAUUCCUGGCCCAGGGAGCCCCCUAGUUGCCAACCCAAUAUGAUUUUAAAGCUGUUUAGACUCAAAAUAAUUAUUUGACCUUAAUGAGGUUACUGCUCCCGAUGAAAUGGUCUCUGCUUUUCCAAAGACUUUCUUGGUGUUUGGAAGAACUCUGCAUAGGUAGCUAGAUGCUGUAUCUUCAUGAAGAAUGUUGUGACUGUGAGCAAGGCUGUGACUUUCAAAGCUACCCCAGCUCUGCAUGCCACUUAGGAAGUUCGGUGGGGGAGAAGAAUCACAUGCUCUGGCGCCACCUAACAAUGAUUUGUGUGCUCUUUUCUGGCAGGCUGUGUGAUGAUGCUUUUGUGCAGAUCAUGUGUAUUCGGAAAGGAAAACGUCUGGUUGCCCGGAUCCUACCUUUCUUGUCCACUGAGCAAGCCGCUGAUAUACUUAUGGCCACAGCCAGGAACUUGCCAUUCCUAAUUAAGAAGGAUGCUCAGGAUGAGGUAAACACUGCUGAAGAGAGGCCACUAAGGAGUUGUCUUGAGUGUUACAGGAAUGGAAGAGUUCACCUGCAUAACUAAUGCCUUCUCUUACUAGAGUAAGAGGAAAAUACAAUAGUCCUGUUUGUGUGUGUUAGGAUUAGUCUUUUUUGGAAUUGACAAGGGUAUUUCAACAAAAUAACUAAAGCUACAGUCCUGUGCAUACUUCCUGUGCAGACUUAAACAUAGGAAUCCUCUAUAAACCAUGACAGCCAUGGUUUUACAGACAACCUGAAGGGGAAAAUGCCCAACUCCUGUUCCAGCUCCUGUUGGCAGUCUCCCUUGAUAAUCUGGAGAGGCCGAAGCCACAAAUAGAGCACAUCUCUUCUUCCAGUCGUCCCAUCUCCUUCCUAGUCUUUUAAAGUGAGGUGUUAACUAGCAUUUGUAAGAAAGCUUAUAACAUGUUUAAGUACCAGAGGCAUAAACCUGAGAAUGUACUGUGUUUAUCAAGACAAAGGCUGAUAAAAGUUCAAGAAACCAGUUAGAAAGUGACUUUCUUGAAAGGGUAGGAAAAUGAAGAUGCAGAGUCUGUUUCUCCCACUUUAAACUUCUAUUUAUCCAUUAUAGCCCACUGUUUGAGGAGCUUCCUCCAGAAAGCAGCUUAGUUUCCAAUAAAAACCAUUUCCACCUGAUAAUAAAAUAUAAAAAGUACCAGUGAAUGAACAAUGAACAAUAAACCAGCAUUUUAAAACAAAAACAAAGUCAGUGCUAUAGCAAUGCUAUGCACAGCACUCAGCAUAAAGGAGUUUUACUGCAAUAUAUUAAUGAUUAGACUCAGAAAUUAGGAUGUCAGUCUCUGGUGUGUAAUAUGCUUGUCCUGUGACAAAAGCAUGGCAUUUUAAAAAACCUUUUCCUCAGGUGCUACCCUGCCUAUUGAGGCCCUUCUCCCUUGUUCUCUAUCAUCUUCCGCUGGGAACUGUCGCCAGCAUCCUGCAGCAGCUAAUGAACCUACCUCAGAGCACGACGACAGCAUCGGCCAACCUGCACCUCACAAAUGUGCUCCAGAACAAGGUUUCUUCUCUUUACUCCACUUUUAUCAGUGCUUAGUGUACCACUAGACUUUUUAAUGGCUAGGCAUUGCUUCAGGAUAGAGGAGGUGUUAAUGAUGUGGCUUUAAAGGCACAGCUGCUUACAAAGAUUUGCUAGGAUGCAAGGAGUGCCCUUGCUCCCUCACCUGAAUGAAGCUCUGGAGUCACUAUCUUGUUCCUAGGCAGCUGUUCUCACAUCUCUUGAUUUUUGAUAUCAGUUACUUUUCUUUUGCCCUGUCUCUUCUGUGCAGCUGACCAUUUUACGUUUUUUUAAAAAAUCAGAUUGGCCCUUUUAAUUCUAAAUGGAAAUUUAGUCAUUCUUUAAAGUAAGAUGGACUUAACUGGGGAAUAACUUUUUACUGGAGGUGUACACAGGGUUGCAGCAUUAAUUUUCCUUUCUGUUCUCUCUCUCUCCCCCUCCACUUAAGUUUGGCCUCUCUUUGCUGUACUUGGUCUUGAGCCGUGGGGAGGAACUGCAGAGUUCAGAUUCUACUACAGAGCUCUUGCAAGACAACCAGUGGUGAGUCUGAGCAGCCCGGCAUUUGCCGUGUCUACUUUUCAAAUGUAUUUCUUCAAAAAUAAAAUAUUUUGAGUUUGACUUUCAGACGAAUGCAGCUAAUCCACAACAGUAGGUGAAGACUAGUUUGCAUAGUUUCUGGUACAUGCUGGUAGCACCUGAGAAGCAAGUUACUUAGCUCUAGAGGUUUGCACAAUUCCCCCCUUGAUUCUAUACUGUUACAAUUGCCAUUGCUGUACUGCAUGUGGGGUGGAGUGCGGAGACAUUUUAUUGCUCAUCUGUUUAUUGCCUUCUUUCAGUGCACAUUUUGUCUUUGCCACCAUGCUGGCUGUGUUUGCUUGGUAAAGGAAAAGCACUCUGUAUAUACUCAAACACUCAAAGCAGGUUCUUUAGCUGAUAAGUUGAGGCUGGUAGUCCUUGCUUUGAAGUUUGCACAGAGAUGGCUCACCGUGUGCUUAAGAGCCUGUCAAAUUACACCUAGGAGUAGGGCAGCAAGCUUGAAGCUCUGGUGAUCUUGUACUGUACAACUUAAGGACUAAGUAUACUUGGACCUGUUCUCUUCAUCUCGGCCAUAUACCAUGUGAGAGCCAUAGUUUAUUACAUUUAUGAACCUUCCUUGAGAAGGAUCCCAAGGGGAAGGAACAUUUUUAUCUUAAAAUUGCUGGGAAGAGUAGAAGGGGGAGGCAGAAAGCUGCAGCAUCCUCUUCUGAAAGUCUAGCACUGUAACCACUUACUGUAAAUACCCACAUUGGUAGGUUCAAGACCUCUCUCCUCCUCCUGUCUCAUCCUUGCAAAAGAUCAGCAGCUGGAAUAUUGAUCAUGGCUUUUUUAGUGUCUACUAAAGCUGUCAAGGUUACUUCCUGAUUAUAAUUGUAGCGCCAGAGGACUCUCAGCUGUCUUCCGUAAACUUGGAUCACCGUAUUCCUUUUUGCCCUUUCAGCCUCCUUUAAUAUCAAAUGGAAAGAACUUUUCCAGAAAUGGUCUCAUGUUUGCCUUUUCCUCACCAAUUGGUAGUCAAAUUUAAGUUGUGGCCAAAAACAAAUGUUCUGAGAGCAGUGCCCCUGUUGAAUUGAUCAAGUUUGACUUUAGAACAGUGUCAUGUGGUGUGAAGUACUGUCAAUCUUGCUGUGUCCAUCCUUAUUUCCUAAAAUAUCUGUCAACAUGGGGUAAUUGUCUCUUAUCUCCCAGUAGUAAAUCUAUUUACGGUAAAAAACAUUUUACCUGCUCUACGUUGCAAAUACAAUUCUAGAGUGGGUUACAGAUUAAAUCCCAUGAUGUGGUAGGCAUGUAAACUCAAGCGCCUCUCUUGACAAACCUCCACUUCCAUGCCCUGCAAGCCAUUCUUACAAUGACCAUUACUUCCUUGUCUCUGGCAGGACGGAACUGAUGUUCAUGGCAACCAGAGAGCUUCUCCGGAUCCCUCAGGCAGCCUUGGCCAAGCCAGUGUCCACCCCCUCUAAUCUCCUGUCUCUCUUCUCUCGCUAUGUUGAUCAGCAGAAACUAAAUGUGCUAGAGACAAAGUUACAGUAAGUAUUGUCAUGUUAUCCACACAUUAAUAGAAGUCAGGCGUGGAAAUGGAGAACGGGAAGGAGAAAUCGUGUCUCCAAUAUAUAUAUAAUUACAAUUAUAUAUAAAAAUAUAUUUAAAAAUGGAGAAAAGUGGAGAAGAUAUUGCUGUGGCACUGAUUCUCACACUUGCAAUAGUUCCACAGUAGGGGCUAAUCGUUGGAAGUGCACUAAUAAGGACUGGCUGGAAUGAGACUUCCGUGUCAGUUCUCCAACUGUUGUAGUAGUUUUUUGUAAUAUUUAAGUUUUGAGGAAGCUGUCUGGCACGGGUGGGGACCCUGUGGUUCUUCAGAUGUUACUGGAUUCCAACUCCUAUCGGCUCCAGCCGGCAUAGCCCAGGCUUUCUCAACUUUGGAUGUUGCUGGGCUGUAACUCCCAUCAUUCCUAGCCAGAAUGGUUAGUGAUCAGGGAUAAUAGCAAUUGUAGUUCAAGAACAUCUGGGGACGCAAGGUUGAGAAAAGCUGGCAUAUAGCCAGUUGUCAUGAAUCAUGAGAGGUGUAUUCCAGCAGUACCUGGAGAUCCACAGGCUCUGCACCCCUUUUAUAUGGAUAUGAAACAAAAUUGAGCUGGGGGGAAAAGGAAUCUGGCUGCAGUAGCUAGAAAGGGUACACAUUCUUGACAGUUCUUACUUUUUUUCUGUUUCAGGUUAAUUCAAGGAAUACGAUAG